AUGGAGUCAGGUUUGUUGUGUUAUGUGUUCUUUGCAAUGUUCAGUUUUGGAAGCAUGUAUGAAAAUGUCGCAUUGAACAAACCAGCAUGGCAGCAGCAUCCUUACAACGAUGUGUGGGGAGCGGAUCUCGCUGUAGACGGACGGUAUACAGACCUGUCUGCUUCUGGAGGACAGUGUGUGAUAUCAGGAAAACACAAAUCAACAGCAGAAUGGCGGGUAGAUCUGGAAGAAGUACUCAAUAUACAUCACAUCUUUAUACAGUACAGGACGGAUAAUGAUGACUGGGAUACAAAAAAUGGUUACACCACAAGAUUCUUGGGAUUCUCUGUUUACGUGUCGAAUACAACAAAAAAAGAAAACGGAAAACUCUGUUUUAGAGACGCCAGCUAUACCAGGGCCACAAUACCAAAUCCUACAAACAUAACGUGUGCCAUACACGGGAGAUAUGUUAUCUACUACAACAACAGGACUCACCCACCGUAUCCUGCUGGGUAUGGUCAGUACGCUUUCAACGAACUCUGUGAACUGGAGGUUUAUGGUUGUCCCACACCAGGAUAUUACGGAGAGAGCUGUUCCUUACCUUGUCCACAGAACUGCCAGGAAAGAAAUUGUAACAUCGUAGAUGGAACGUGCCUUGGUUGUAAUGAUGGAUACAAGGGACCAACAUGUGAUGAAAAGUUGAUGUCAUCUUCUAGUCAUCCUGCAUCAACCAGACAAUUAUCAAUUGCACUUUAUGCCUGUGUUACCAUUAUCAUUCUUAGUGUAACACUUAAUGUGUUUUUCAUAAUCAGACAACAAAGAGACAGCUUAUGCAUAAAACAAACGAGCAAAGAAAACCUUGAUAAACGCUUCGUUGGAAGAAUCAAGGGUACAGAACAGUUGGAUAUUUUUUCAAAGUCCACGUAUGACACAGCUGAAGACAACACUGCGUAUCAAGAGCUUGGCGAAAUAACGAAAGAAACCCAGUAUGAUAAACUAUCUUGACAAAAUCCAUGUAAAACCAGAGUACAAUUAUGUGUAAACACUCCAUUAAUCGAAUCUUAUUGUAAACGACAUUUCCAAGAUAAAGCUAGACUAAGAUACAAGUGAUAAACACAACAUAACACUGUGCCAUUAGGU